AUGUGUAUUCGUGCUGUCUUUAUUAAUACCUCACCACAUGAAAAACGCUGCUUGCUUGGAGAGUUCAUUUCUUCUUCAAUAGCUUCAUUAGUGAGGGUCAAGGAGAUUACAUUUGUCUUCGUCGUGUUUGAACAUCUGGGAGCAAUUGGGAAACUCGGUAUUGGCAAGAUGCUAGAUUGUUUAUAUCUGUCUUCAGGCUCUUGUACUUGUUUCUGCAUGAACACCUUGGAUGAUGAGUUUGAGAAAAAAUCUUUGGUAUCAUCUGAAAAAACCCAGUUGCUGAGAUUGAAAGAUGUUGUGUCUGGCAAUCAGACCUUGGUCUUUCAACUUAAGCCUAAGAUGGUGGUACUGAGGGUUUCCAUGCAUUGCCAUGGAUGUGCAAGAAAAGUUGAGAAACACGUUUCAAAGAUGGAUGGAGUGAGCUCAUAUAAAGUAGACCUGGAAAACAAAAGGGUAGUUGUUAUUGGUGAUGUAAUCCCUUUUGAAGUGCUGGAGAGUGUCUCAAAGGUUAAAAGUGCAGAGCUUUGGACUUCUGAUCCUUCUUGAUGGAAGAACAACUUGUAAAUGUAGAAAGGAUUUAUAUAACAUAUAGUACCAUAUAUAUUUGAUACAUAUGCCAAAGUUUUUGUUGGCCUGGCCUGUGUAGAGGAGAGCAAAAGGAAGAACCAUAGGCCAUUCCUUAUCCGGUAUCCAUGUUUGAUAUUUGAACCCGAUACGUAUCUGGACAUGGAUAUAAAUAUAAAAAUUUGAUGUUCCAAAUAUGUAUGAGUGUGUUUGUGUCCUAUAUUCAAUCAAUGUUUGUAAUUGUCACCA